AUGAUUUUCCAAUUACAGGAUCUCCACACUCUUAAUUUGAAUUCAAAUAACUUGAGCGGCACCAUAGAGCUAGGUAGGUUUUCAAAGGCCGAAAGCCUUCAAGUACUUGGGUUAUCCUCUAACAAACUGUUCUUGAUUGCCAAAACUGGCAUAACUCACAAGUACAACGCUCUAGGUUUAGGAUCAUGCAACUUGAAUGGUUUCCCAGAGUUUCUGCAAGAUCAAGAUGAGUUGUUUUUCUUAGAUCUAUCCUCUAAUAACAUUUCUGGUCAAGUUCCUGAAUGGUUUCUGGAUGUGAGCUCAGGAUACCUACGUCAUUUGAACCUUUCUAGCAACUUUCUAACAAGUUUUGCUCAAGACCCUGUUAUUUUCAAGUGGAAACAACUCGUUGUAGUAGAUCUCCGUUUUAACGAGUUGCAAGGAUCAGUUCCUAUUCCCCCUCCUGAAAUGUGGUACUACUUCAUCUCAAAUAACAGGCUCUCCGGAGAAAUAUCGCCACUCAUAUGCAAUCUAAACUCUAUCCAAAUGAUCGAUUUGUCUUAUAAUAAUUUGAAUGGGUCUCUUCCACAAUGUUUGAGUAAUUUGAGUGGUACUUUGGAAGUACUGAGUUUACAGAGCAACAACUUUAUCGGGAAAAUUCCUAAUUUGAAUGGGAAUUUAUGUGAGCUUGUUAUGAUUGAUCUGAGUUACAAUAAAUUGCUUGGGCCAUUGCCAAGAUCACUCUGCCACUGUGACCAUUUGAAAUUCCUGAAUUUCGGAAACAAUCGGAUUAGGGAUGUUUUCCCGUUGUGGUUGGGCUCACUUCUCACCUUGAAGGUACUUAUACUGCGGUAUAAUAGAUUUCACGGACUUAUUGGGGAACCUGCUGAGAGAGUUGAGUUCCCUGCACUGCAAAUCAUUGACCUAUCCCAAAAUAAUUUUUCCGGUAGCUUGCCAUCUGAAUACUUCAAGCAUUCGACUGCCAUGAAAGCUUUUGAGACAAAUUUGUCAAGCUACAUUGGGGAUGCUAUUACGCGGGCCUGGAUUUUCUCUCCAGACGCAACCUUUGACUACUCCAUGAGAGUAAUUGCCAAAGGCAACCAAAUGAAUUACUCAAAGAUCCAAGGGUACCUCACAUUGAUUGAUCUCUCAAGCAACAACUUUAGUGGAGUGAUCCCCGAGGCCAUCGGAAGCCUAAAGCAACUAAAAUUCCUGAAUCUCUCCAACAACAGUCUGGUCGGUUCCCUGCCUCCAUUCUUGGCAAACCUGAUGAAUUUGGAAGCACUGGACCUUUCUCAGAACCAGCUCUCAGGAGAGAUUCCUCAGGAGUUGACGCAACUCACUUCGCUUGCGGUCUUCAACGUAUCUUAUAACCGUUUGACUGGGCUGAUACCGUCAUUACGGCAGUUUGCUACAUUCGACAACAACUCCUACAAGGGAAACUCAGGGCUAUGUGGCACUCCUCUAUCUAGAAAAUGCAGAGAUCCCAAAGGGUUACCGCCAUCAACUCUGACUUCCGAAAAAGAUCACGAUUCAGGAAGUGCAAUGGAAUUAGACUGGAAGAUCGUGUGCAUGGGGUAUGCAAGUGGGUGUGUGAUUGGAGUAGUCCUCGGGAACUGCUUGAUCACAAGAAGAAGGGCUCAGAGUCUUGUGAAGAACUUUGGUAGAAGAAAACGAAGGCGAAGAAGGUAG